AGAUUUUACUUACCAGACCUUGUGUAACAACAAUUCCCAGCCUGCUUUGCUGUGCAUUUUUUUUACUCUGUGAUUGGCGGCGCCAGCACUUUUCACCUCCAGAAUGCGCGCCCUGGCCUGCAGUAGUGAUGGGGGUAGCGCGAGGCGGGCAGGCGUGCGGAGGACCGCGCGCCGACUAGCUAUGGCGAUUCACCAACACCGCUGCGGCGCGUACACUGAGCAGGCGCUCCAGCACCCGAGGCUCUAACGCAGCCUGCAUCGCGUAUUGUUGUGAAUGAGGGAUGCGAUGACGUCAGCGCUCGAAUGUCAACAAUGUUGCGAUUGAGAGUAGGCGUUCCAUUAGAGAGUAACAAACAGGAGAGAAGGAGCCUGCACGCUGCAGUGGAUCAACAACACACACUGACAUUUAUAGAAAGAGCGCAAAUAUUAUAUUUAUACAUUAGCCUAAACUCCUUUUACUCCAAGAAAUUACCGAGCAAUUUAAACCCUAUCUUACCACCUCCUCUCCAGCUCGGAGGCUUUAUGAAAACUCUGCAAGGAGCCACCAUGUGAAAACAUUCUUGUAUGGAAAACAGACAAUAAGACUGGAUUGUAAGGAGUAAAAAUAAACGAGAAUUAAAGGUCUUUUCUUGCUGCUGACGGAAUACAGAUGAAAUGUGUUACCAGUAUUGAAUCUACUUGUGAGCGCAGGUCAGUCAUCAUGAUCUUGAUCACACUACCUGCCCAGGCCAGACGCAUCUAGUCAACUUUCCUGCCAGCUUUGCAAAACUGGAAAUGCUGAUUGCAGAGUAGUUCUUGGAGCCUUCACAGCAGAGCUGAACCAUUUUUGAAAGAAGUGCUCAAUGGACAGUUAAAAUCUCUGUUGAAGUCUCAAGGGUGUGAGCGGAAUGUCCGUGGAUGAGAAGACUGAAUCCCCCAUGUAUGUAUAUGAGUCAACAGUUCACUGUACCAACAUCAUCCUGUGCCUCAAUGAUCAACGGAAACAGGAUAUCCUCUGUGAUGUGACUGUGAUUGUUGAAGGGAAAGGGUUCCGAGCCCAUCGGGCUGUCUUGGCUGCCUGCAGUGAAUACUUCUUACAAGUUUUGGUGUCACAAACUGAGUAUGAACUGGUUAUUACUUUACCAGAAGAGGUCACUGCCAGGGGAUUCGCCCCAUUGUUACAAUUUGCCUACACUGCUAAGUUACUGCUUAGCAGAGAAAAUAUUCAAGAGGUCAUUCGUUGCGCAGAUUUUCUGCGCAUGCACAACUUGGAGGACUCCUGCUUCCGGUUCCUUGAAGCCCAGCUGCUAAGCGAGGAAGAUGGGUUGCUUUUGUGCCGUACAGUUGCACCCUACCCCCAGUCUCAGGAAGAUGAGAACUCUGAGGGGGAGAAUGAGAGCAUGCAGUCAGAGACCACUAAGAUCAACCCUCCUAGGUCUAAGGUUUCUGCUGACAGUCUCAGCUUUGAUAAGGAAAGCACCUUUCUGGAAGAUGAAACUUUGGGUGUGCCAAUUUCCACCGUAUUCCAGGAUGGCAGGACUGAUUUUGAGAAACAUGGAGUGUCUGACCUACCCCGAUGUCCCAAAUAUAGGAAGUAUCAACUGGCUUGUACCAAGCACAAUAAUGAUGCAUCACGUACCUCAGGUUUUCCAAGCACGUUUAAGGACCCAAGCUGUGGCAGUGGUGGUGCAAGUGCUUGUGGAGUUGACAUUGGCCAGAUCAAACAUGAGCCACGGCCAGAUGAAGAGAGCAUCUCACUCAGCCUGUCUGGAGAUGAGCAUGAAUUGAAAGAAAAAGAUGGAGUGGCUGAUGUAGAAAUGGACUGUAAGCCACACAGCCCAAUCUAUGAAGAUCGGGCCAAAAGUAAAUCACCUUCAUGUUUGAGGUCUUUAUUCAAAAAAGGAAUUGAACUGGUAAGUUUGCCUAACAUGCCACAGCAUGAUUUUACCAACAGACCAGCGUGUCCAGAAGACACAGGAGUUACUCAGGGUGACAACAGAAAUGACUAUGGGCCUCUGAAUAGAGAUCUGGGCCAGCCUACAUCAUCUCAGAAGGAGCUUCCUAGUUUUCAAGUGGGAAUAUCCUUGAAGACUCCAUCUUGUGAGGCAAUCUGUAAGCAGGAGGUGGAGCUUGACCGCAGGAGUGUAAUUUUUUCCUCAGGCACAUGUGAGAGACUGGGAGCUCCCGCACAUUCUUAUCCCAUUGGAAAUUCCUUGGAUAAGGAACUCUCGGAGAACAUGCCAAAGGGCCUGUGGGCUGGUGCCAGUCAGUCCCUUCCAAGUUCACAGGCCUACUCCCCUAGUGGACUGCCCUCGGAACCCAUGCUGCAGUGCAGGUCACGACCCAACACCAGCUGCCCAGUGCCAAUCAAAGUGUGCCCCCGAUCCCCUCCUUCAGAAACAAGGACCAGAACUUCUAGCUCCUGCUCUUCCUACUCCUACGCAGAAGACGGAAGUGGAGGUUCUCCUUGCAGUUUGCCACAGUUUGAAUUCUCCACAUCACCUUGCUCACAGGGAACCCGCUGUUCAACAGUUGACCAGCAAGAUACAAAUAUGGUUGGUGAUACAGUAUACAAAAAGGUUCGUCCCAAAAUAAAAUGUGAGCAGUCAUAUGGAACCAAUUCUAGUGAUGAGUCUGGCUCGUUCUCUGAAGCAGACAGCGAGUCGUGUCCAACUCAAGAAAGAGGGCCAGAGGUCAAGCUUCCUUUUCCAGUAGAUCAAAUCACAGAUCUUCCAAGGAAUGACUUCCAAAUGAUGAUAAAAAUGCACAAACUGACCUCAGAGCAACUAGAGUACAUUCAUGACGUCCGUCGGAGGAGCAAGAACCGUAUUGCUGCCCAACGCUGUCGGAAGAGGAAGCUUGACUGUAUUCAGAAUCUUGAAUGUGAGAUUCAUAAACUGGUAUGUGAGAAGGAAAAGCUGCUUACAGAAAGGAAUCAACUGAAAGCCUGUAUGGGAGAACUGUGGGAGAAUUUUUCAUGUCUUUCCCAGGAGGUGUGCAGGGACGUGCAACUGAGCCCUGAGCAGAUUCAGUCUCUGCACAGGAACUGCCCUGUACUCAGGCCUGUGGAUCAAAGUGGCCCCACAACAGCCACCAGCAUUAAACCUUCCUCAUCCUCUUCCUCCACCAAUUCUCCAACCCCAGGACUAGAAAAAAACUUCAUGCUGUCCCAGUGUAAGGAGAAAAGCAUUCAGUGCUGCACAGAACCCAGCACUGCCUCUUUGGGGGCACAAUGGUUCCCAGGCAAAGAAUCAGAAAACUGCCUAACUGAUGUAGCACUUGACCCAGGUGCUUACCUAGAACGGGGGGCUAAUGCGGAACAGUACAGUCAAACCGUCACUGUAGACUUUUGCCAAGAAAUGACUGAAAAAUGUACAACUGACGAACAGCCUAGAAAAGACUGUACUUAGAAAGAAAAUUUUGAUUUUUUUUUAAGUCUCUUCUACCUGGAGGGAGGUGGGCCAGUCAGCUUCUGCCAGUGUUCAUUAGGUCAUUUUUCUUUUUAAAAUGGUUGACACUACAGUUGUCUUAACAGAAGCAAUACUGCUCUCCAGGUGUUCCCUCUUUUAAUAUAAAAAUUUGACUGAAAUUGUUACAAUGGUGCUACACUUUGCUUUGAUGCAAGGAAUGCAGCAGUGAUAACACUGCUUUUUUAAGUUGGAAUUCAAUUAUACCAGGGAUGGGCGCAGACAGCAUCUCAGAUUAUAACCUUUUAAGGACCUGGUAACCGUUUUCUGUUCUGUUUUUCUUCUCUGUCUCUUGGUGGCCCUUGUCACAGCAAUGCAAACUCAGGAAUUCUUCUGAAUGUUCAUUAAAUUAAAUAGUUACUUUACAUCAUGCAUUGUAUACAGCCACUGGACUGUAUCAUGUAAUCAUAUGCAAAAAUCUGUUGAGCAUCACUGCAUAUUAGCGUUUUUAAAAUAUGAGCCCCUCACUUGUAUUGUACAGAAGUUUGAAUUCAAACAUUCCUCUAUUGCCUUUUAUCAUAUUUAAAGAAAAUCAAAGGAAUAACUAAGAAUGGCGAGGUGGCUAAUUAGCUCACAUCAGCAAUAUCACUCUUUGUCUACUUGAUUGAUGGUUUUGUAUUUUUUUUUUUUUUUGUAUAUAUUGUGGCACUCUCCCGUGGUGCCAUGUAAGCAUGGUGAUAUAGUUCACAAAAGAAAAGCUAUUAAAAAUUCAGACAUGAAGUUUAAUAUUCGUUGACACCAAGAUGUGAGUCUGACAUCUCUGACAGGGGCUGAGUGGUAUCGUUGAAUCUCAUUUCUGUUUCCUGUCCUUGGUAAGUUCCCCCAUUUUUGUCUUUCUGUUCCUUUUUCAAAAAGCUAUUCUUACACUCAGGAUAUUGGCCUUGUGAAGAUAAUUAAAAAUAUUAGCAAAAUUCUCGAAUGUAAUGGCCUUCUAAACUAGAGUGUUAAAAAUAGUGGGUUUGUUGUGGGAACACAGGUAUGUGAAAAUCCAGCGAAUGGAUUUUUUUGUAGGAUAUGAACUAAUUGGAAGCUAUUAAUGAUAUAUUGAACCUCUUUUUGUAGGACUGUAAUAUGUUUAAAUCAACGUGCAAGAGUAAAGGUUGAAACAAUGAUAAUGUCAUAUGGGGCAUACUUUCCAUAGGUUUAACGGUACAGCACUCGGUCGUUUUCCUUUCCUUUGUUGGGACACAGUGUUGGAGGCGUUGAUAGGAAGCCAAUUUUAAGCUAUGCUCUUAUCGGAGUUCUCCAGUGGGUCAUACAUUUGAUGGUUUCACUACAACAAGUUCUCUCAACUCCUUUCAAAUGUUAGCACUUUGAACCAAAUGCUUCAAGCACUCACAAUGCAAAUCAUCUGUUCAGAAUAUAUUUUGUACCUACUUUUUCAAAUGUUGAAAGUUAGAGUAGGAUUUUAAUUUGGCACUUAUAAAAGAAGAAGAAAACCAUAAGGUUAUUAAAAUAUUUGAAUCUUUAGUAUCAUAGAAUGAAAAGAAAUACUGUCUGCACCUCAUAUAUAAGCUAAAAUGUAAAGGAAUCUAAGUGAUAGUACCUGUGCUCCUUGAAGUUUUGGCAGUGAUGCCAAAUUUAUUUGGAAGAAAAAAAAAGCAAAGUGGAUAAUAUUUUAAAAUCCCUUUGAUGCACAUUUGUAUUUGAUUGGCUACAAGUAAUCACAUGACCAAUUGUAAAUUGCACUAUUACAUUUAAAACUGGUCAAGAGCUGCAUACAAUUACAUUUAACAACAGCUGUGCAUAGGUUGUUUGCACCCUAAAUGCAUAGAGUUUUAAAAUUGCAUAGCGAUUAACUUUUUUUGGGUAGUGUAUAUAGAGAAAGAGGAAAAUAAAAAACUUGAAAAAAAAAUCUCUGAGCAGUCACCUCAAGUGGAAAAGCAAAUGUACGUAUAUAUUUAUUUUUUUUUUUUUAACUGCCACAUUUUUAUCUCUGUCACUGGUGCACCGCUACUAAGGUUUGUGCUUCCUUUCUGCUUAGUAGUUUGCACAUGACAGAGAGUAACCUUUGCCCAGAUGUAAGAUGGGUCUGUCUUCCCAUUAGUGGAAGUCAACCUUUGUGUAACAAAUGGAACAUUAUUGCAAUAAUUGCCUCAACUUCAUUUCUGCUCCUCUUGUUGGUUCUUCCACAGUGACAAAGAUAUAGCUUAACACCUGCUUUAUUAACAUGUUACCAAAUUAGUAGGGAGUAUGGGUAAUAAUAGCAUUCUUAUUUUUGUCAACCUCAGCUGGCAUAUUUGGCAAUGGAUGGUUUCCUGUCUAAUCUGAGAUCUGGCACAUACUUUAGACAGCAUCAAAGAAACAGGAAAAGAGCGAGUACUAAAAGCAUGGAUUAUGUGUGCGUAAAUUAUUUAUACGCUAUAACCAUUCAAUAUACAUUUCAUAUAAUAUAUAUAUAUAUAUAUAUAUAUAUAUUAAUAUAUAUAUAUAAAGAAAGAAAAAGUAAGUGUUGAUUCCACACUAAAAUGAAAUAGACAUUAGACAUAAAAGGUUAGGACUGUGAAACCUUUCAGUACAUAAUUCUUGCAGUUAACCCACUUAAGAUAUUUCAGUUUGGCAUUAAUGCUUACUUUUUUUGCGUUUUCUGAAGCACACUGUAUUUUUUACAUUCACUUACAUCCAUUUACACACACACUGACAAAGAAAAGCAUACUUGAUUUUGGAUAAGAAAAAUGGAUUUGUGUUCAUUUGUAGUUACUGCUGUCAUGCAGCAUCCAUCUCAUUUACCUUAUGCAAACCUUUCUUCCUGUAUUCUUUCAAAAGGAAAAAAAAAUGAAAAGCUGUUUCCCACCAAAUGAACAAAUGAAGAUCUAAUCAGUAAUGAUAAAGCAGUAGUGGUCUGGCAGGACUUCAUUUAUUGCAGCCACUCAAUAUAAAAAUGUUUAUUUGAAGUGUAUUGACAUUUUGAAAAUUAACUCAAAUAUAUAAUAUCAUUAAAUAGUUGUUUUUAUUUAUAAUAAGUACUUUUGCAUCCAAUUUUCUAAAAUGCAUGAAAAGACUAUGUAUUGAACUUUUAACUUUCAUCAAGCUGUUAGUGUCUUUCAUUUCUGUAUUGUUGAAUAAUGUGAAUUUGCUUUAGUGUUUGCCUUCUUAGAUCUUUCUGAAGCACCUGUCUGCACAAGUGUCCAAUGAAAUCCUCACUAAAACCAGACCUGACCUGACCAAAGCCAAUCUUAACCAGCCUGACCCUGAGGUCUUAAUAUUUCACAUUCAUUACCGUAGUGACUUUAAAACAUUUCAAAUGGGUUACCUCCUUAGAUACUCCUGCAGGUUUCCUUAAACGAGUAGGAAAGGACCUUUUUUUUUUUAUUUAGCAUACUAAGGCUGGUCUCACCUUGUAGGUGUUGAUGGCGAGAUAAUCUCUGUCUCUGUAAAAAGUAUAGACCACUUCAAGUGGCUUGUCAAAAUAUCUUCUAUAUAGACAUGUGCCAUACAGUGCCCUGUUUUAUUUAUUUAUCAUUAAUAUACUAUUAGUGUUUGGUCAUAUGGGCUAAACAGUAGGCUUUGCCUGUAUUAAUAAUACAUUUGGAAACUGUAGCUGCUAUGAAAGUAUACAGCCGACCUUGUGGAAAACAGCUAACUAGUUCAUGCCCUGAAGAAUAAAGUGUUAAAUAAUGAUAGGUGGAGGUAUGAACAAUAGCAGUGCAGAUGUAAAUGUGGGCAAAUGUCUUACACAACAAAGAGCACUCCUACAACUACAUUUAACAUCUUUUCAGUAUUGUAAUUUUUCCAUUGCUGUUAGUGAAUGACUCCAUUCAAGAGCAAAUCACUUCAGCAUGUUAUCAACACUUGCUGCUGAGCAGCCUGCAACUACCCUUUUACAAUUCCUUAGUUAGUCUUCUCCUUCCUGCUUGUCAUUUGCAAUGCCACUUUCAUGAAAUUUAACUAUAUUAAGUUUUCAACAAUUGUAAGCAAACUGCUAAAAUUUUGUUUUCCACAAUGGGGAAAAAAACUAUGACAAAAAUGUUCAUUUCACAAACCAAUCUGAAAUUUUUAAAUUUUUGUCCUUUGAAUGACAUCAAAAGCGGAUUUGUGUCUUUCUUAACUACUCCAUGUGAGAGAUAUAUUUGCAACUUUGUACACAGAGAGAAUUGUGUUUUCACCAGAGUUGUUUUUGGUCAUAAAAGAAGUUGAUGUUCUGACUCAUAUGGUACGCUAGCUUGAAUGUGUGUCCAAAAUAAACCCAACAUUCCCAGUUAAAGACUCAGUGCACUAUUGUCAUACAUAAGGGAAGCCUAGCUGGUUGCUGCACUUAACUGACUUCCCUCUAAAGGGCCAUUACCUAUUUAUAAUUUCCCCAUAGACCCAUCAACCAUUAAUGGGCUGAAAUGGUUUCUCUGGUGUGUGUUUGGUGUGCUUUUUAUGUAGCAGUAAAUUUAGCCCCUGAUUCUACAAGCUAGUCCAGUGCAAAGCAUCACCUUCUUCAAAGAAUUGGGUGCCAAGCUUUAAGAGUACAAAUGUGAAAAUAUCGUGAACCACUGCUCUUAUACAUACAUACAUAUAUAUAAUAUAUAUAUAUAUAUAUAUAUAUAUAUAUAUAUAUAUAUAUAUAUACACAUACACAUAUAUAUAUACCAUUUAAUAAGCUAUGUUGAUGUCUACCUUUUUUAUGGGUUUGCACCUGCUCUACAUUUUUAUUAUUUUAAAUAACUAAAACAUUAGUGAGCCUCUUUUCCAAAUAGAAGAAUAUGCAUGACAUAAUGAGAGAGAGAUUAGAAGUUGGUCUCAAUCCAUUGCAAAUCCUGUCACAGAUUUGAUAUUACUUUUAAAUGUUUACUUCAAUUUCAAAGUAAAGCUGGGAUUGUUGUAAAUGGAUGCAACCAUUACAGUAUACUUGUCAGCAGUGUCUUCCUUUUCUCCCAGCAGAUCUUUGAGAUUUUUAAUAUUCUAAAGAAAAGAUCCCUGCCUACCCAUCUGGGUCUGGAAAGCUUACUUGCAUUACCUAAGCACAUCAGUGAGCUGAUAACAGGGUCCCAUAUUUAUGGCCAGUCUUCCUAACCACUUUCUUUGGCUUUAUGGACAGAAGCAAAUUGGCUUAAACUGAAUUGGAAUUCUCCCUUACUUUACUAGCGCCUUUGCUCUAAGUUCAAGUCAGGUUUAAGGUUUGUAGUUGCGAGUCAUUUGGUUAAUUUUGUAGCCCAUUUUUUAAAGACUGCCAGGAUUUACGUGUAGUCUUUUGCAGUAGAUUUAUGUUUCAUAGCUGCUGAUAGCUUUUAUUCAUAUGCUUUGUCCAUUUUAGUAGUUAGUAAUUCUUAAAUUGUAUAGUGUAGAUCUUCUAUUGUUUGUUGUUGUCUCAAGGUGCCUUGAAUUUAAUUUUUUGUCCAAGUUGAUUCUGGAACAGACAUUAAUGCCCCCCAAACUUCAUGCUUUUCUCUUUAUUUGUAACACAAAAGUAGUUCAUUUUAAUAAGUGAAUUUAUUUUCUUUGAUAUCUUCCCCUGUUUUAUCAUCUUUGAAUAAAUGGGGCACAUCUGAGAAAAAGCUCCAUUUACAAGAUUUGCACAAAUGGAAAACAGAAAAGGGCUAUAUUAUGCAUUUUUGAAAAGAGAAAUGUGAAAAGAGGAUUGUGAACAAAUUUAGUGGGAAACCACAGUUUGAGGGCUCAUUUCUUUCUGCAGUCAACCCC